AUGGGGGUGAGCUACGGGGGUGGUGGGAAAGGAAGGGCAGCAUGGCAUGGGGACACCACUCGCCCUUACCCCUCAACCGCAGACACCACUCGCCCUUACCCCUCAACCUCAGACACCACUCGCCCUUACCCCUCAACCUCAGACACCACUCGCCCUUACCCCUCAACCGCAGACACCACUCGCCCUUACCCCUCAACCUCAGACACCACUCGCCCUUACCCCUCAACCGCAGACACCACUCGCCCUUACCCCUCAACCUCAGACACCACUCGCCCUUACCCCUCAACCUCAGACACCACUCGCCCUUACCCCUCAACCUCAGACACCACUCGCCCUUACCCCUCAACCUCAGACACCACUCGCCCUUACCCCUCAACCUCAGACACCACUCGCCCUUACCCCUCAACCUCAGACACCACUCGCCCUUACCCCUCAACCUCAGACACCACUCGCCCUUACCCCUCAACCUCAGACACCACUCGCCCUUACCCCUCAACCUCAGACACCACUCGCCCUUACCCCUCAACCUCAGACACCACUCGCCCUUACCCCUCAACCUCAGACACCACUCGCCCUUACCCCUCAACCUCAGACACCACUCGCCCUUACCCCUCAACCUCAGACACCACUCGCCCUUACCCCUCAACCUCAGACACCACUCGCCCUUACCCCUCAACCUCAGACACCACUCGCCCUUACCCCUCAACCUCAGACACCACUCGCCCUUACCCCUCAACCUCAGACACCACUCGCCCUUACCCCUCAACCUCAGACACCACUCGCCCUUACCCCUCAACCUCAGACACCACUCGCCCUUACCCCUCAACCUCAGACACCACUCGCCCUUACCCUCAACCUCAGACACCACUCGCCCUUACCCCUCAACCUCAGACACCACUCGCCCUUACCCCUCAACCUCAGACACCACUCGCCCUUACCCCUCAACCUCAGACACCACUCGCCCUUACCCCUCAACCUCAGACACCACUCGCCCUUACCCCUCAACCUCAGACACCACUCGCCCUUACCCCUCAACCUCAGACACCACUCGCCCUUACCCCUCAACCUCAGACACCACUCGCCCUUACACCUCAACCUCAGACACCACUCGCCCUUACACCUCAACCUCAGACACCACUCGCCCUUACACCUCAACCUCAGACACCACUCGCCCUUACACCUCAACCUCAGACACCACUCGCCCUUACACCUCAACCUCAGACACCACUCGCCCUUACCCCUCAACCUCAGACACCACUCGCCCUUACCCCUCAACCUUCCUGCUCUCACCGGACGACCUCCCCUCACCGCACCUCACCUCACCCACCUCCCCUCACCGCACCCCUCCUGCCCCAAAACCGAGCACCAAACUCUCUGUUAUCAUCUGCUUCUGCCUUACUCUCAUUCUUCACGCAUCUCAAGAGACUUCACUCAGUGGGGCAGAGCAGCGAAACACCACAAUAA